CGCCCCCUUAAUCCUGUUAGGUAGGCCGCCCGGUGUGCAGGGUGCUUCCCUCCCGCGCGCGCAGUACGUUGACUCGCGUCCCCGCGGCGGGACCGUCGAAGAGCACAGGCGCGCCCAGGAUGGCGAGGGUCUUGUGCGCGCUCGCGCUGUGCGUGGCGCUCGCACACGCGGCGGAGGUGAGAGUGACGGACCAGGUGUUCUUCGACAUCAGCAUCGGCGGCGAGGACGCCGGCCGGAUCGUGUUCGGGCUGUUCGGCGAGGUGGCGCCCAGGACCGUGCGGAACUUCGUGACGCUCGCCUCGGAGGGCAUCGGCGGCAGGACCUACGCGGGCACCCCGUUCCACCGAGUCAUCAGGAAGUUCAUGGUCCAAGGUGAAUUGUUCUCCGGUUCUGAAACUGGAUACUUUUCGCGGGUAGUGCACUUCUUUAUAUUUUUCCCGGGAGAACUAUGCAUAGCAAGCGUCCGAGCAGCCGCGCAGUUAUUUGGUCACCCCUCGUUCUCGUUCGGUCCGCUGAUGGUUCGCAUAGAUCCCCCGCCGCGCCGUUCCCCUGCGCGCGUUUCCCCGGCGGUGCCCCGUCGCUCCGCGCUCCGCGCUCCGCGGGGACUUUCAUGAGGUUGUCCCUGUCCU